AUGUUCGGUUUCAGGCCGAGCUUGUCAACGCAAGAUGUCUUCCUUCUACUCAAGGAAGACCUCUUUGACUACCUCAGCACCAGAAGCAAGUCAUCAAUUUUAGCCAUCGACGUGAAGGGAGCUUUUGACGUCAGUCACGAAGCUGUCCCCUGCAACCUCGAAGACCUGGGGUGUGGGUCUCAGACCCACCACUAUGUCAGGAAGUUUCUCGCGGACCACACGGCUCCAGUUAGAAUAUACAACCUGCACAGAGACAACUUCCGACCACCGAGGAAAGGCACACUGCAGGGCUCGGUCAUAUCGCCGUUGCUCUUCAACGUUGCCAUGAUCAAACUACCCAGCCUCCUCGACGCUAUACAAGAGCUACGACACGCUUUUAUGGAGAUGCUAUCACUUUAUGGAGAAGGGCGUCAUACACCGGAACGCAAGAAACACGCCUACAGGAAGUAG